AUGACGCAGAACAAAGUGGGUCAGCAGUACGGUGCUGUACGACACUCGAUCAACCUCGACUCUCUCAACGCCUACCUCUCUUCCAAGGUCCCCGCUAUCAAGACCCCCGUCUCGGUCAAGCAGUUUUCGUUUGGACAGUCGAAUCCUACGUACAUCCUGUUUGCUGCUGACUCACGCAAGUAUGUGCUGCGCAAGAAACCUCCCGGCUCCUUGCUCUCUUCCACCGCCCACGCCGUCGAGCGAGAAUAUCGAAUCCUGAAAGCGCUGUUCGAGUACACGAAAGGUCUACCGGAGGAUUCGAGGGACAGAAUUCCCGUGCCGGAAGUGUUUUGUUUGUGCGAGGAGAAGGAGAUCGUCGGAACGGCGUUUUAUGUGAUGGAGUUUAUCGAUGGAAGGAUCUUUGAAGAUUACCGGUUCCUUCAGAUCGCGGAUAAGGAGGAGAGGAGGAGGUGUUGGAUGAGUGCCAUCGACACCUUGGCUGCCCUUCACCGUGUUAACCCGGCAAAGAUUGGGUUGGGUGACUACGGAAAGCCAAAUGGAUUCUACACCAGGCAGAUGAAAUCUCUCGGCAAAGUUAGCUCUAUUCAGGCCGAGGUGAAGGAUGACAAGACGGGGGAAAAAGUAGGAGCGCUCCCUCGCGGAAUCGAAUUCCUAGAAUGGUUCUCUCGCAACAUGCCAGCGGACGAAACGGGCAUCGUUCACGGCGACUACAAGAUCGACAACCUCAUCUUCCACCCCACCCAACCGCGCGUCAUCGGGAUCCUCGACUGGGAACUUUCCACCCUCGGCCACCCCCUUUCCGAUCUCGCCAACCUCCUCCAACCCUACUCGACCCCCUGCACCAUCCCGGAGCGCAUCAACGAUCCCAGCAUCUGGGAAGAAAGUCGACGCUCCGGCUCCCUCCUCCUCUCCCUCGGAAACCUCACCCCCGACCAAUCCCCCGUACCGGUGGAAUCCGAUCUCAUCCAGCGAUACUGCCAAGGUACAAAUCGCAAAUAUCCGAUCGAAAGGUGGACUGCAGCCAAGGCGUGGGCCUGGUUCAGGCUGGCAGUCAUCGCACAGGGGAUCGCAGCGAGGAACGCCAAGGGCCAGGCCAGCAGCGAACAGGCAAAGGUGUAUGGCAGCAAGUUCCCCAUGUGCGCCCAGAACUGCUUUGUCGUCAUCGAAGGUGAUGAGAGGGGCGCAAAGGCCAAGUUGUAA